CUGAAAAAUAUUAUGGGGGCGCAGAACCAAACCAACAAAACGUUUUGUUUUAUCGAUGAAGAUGUUUGUUACACUGUGCUCACUGCAAGCUACACAGUGAUUUUGAUCGGUGGUUUGACCGGAAUUGUUAUGAUGCUUUUCCUCUUAUGCAGAACGAAUACACGAACGCUGACAAUGACAGCAGUCAUCAACCUGAUGAUAGGACACAGCAUAUUUCUAAUGACUGUUCCAUUCCGCAUUGCUUACUAUGUUCGCAGGGAAUGGCAGUUUGGACCUGCAUUCUGCAGGCUGGUCAGUGCAAUGAUACACAUCCAUAUAUAUGUUUCCUUUGCAUUUUACGUGACAUUGUUGAUCAUCCGAAAUAUUAGCUUCUUUAAACAAAAGGACAAGAUUGAAUUCUACAGAAAACUCCAUUCUGUAGUGGCCAGUGCCUUUGUGUGGGUGGUCAUUCUUCUUAUUUUCUUGCCUCCAUUCCUGUAUUUUUAUGGCAAUAUUGAAACUACAGGAAGCAACAAGAGGGAGUGUUUCCACUUCCAUACAGAAAUUACAAAUAUUGUACGUAUAUUAAACUAUGUUGUUAUUGCAGUUAUUUUGACAGUGGUCUGUUCUCUCUUUGGUGUUCAGAUCUUCAUAAUUGUAAAAGUUGUAAAAAACCUACAGAGCAAAGUUUCUAACCAACAAGUUUUCUGGGUUCAGCUUAAAAGUUUGUUCUUUAUUUUGGUAAUGAUCAUUUGUUUUUUCCCUUAUCACAUGUUCAGAAUAUUUUACCUUGACCACGUAGAUGACUGCUUUAUGUACAAUGAAAUUUGCCUGAGUAUAACAGCGCUCAGUAGCUUGGAUCUCCUAGCUUUUGCACUGCAAAGUGGUCUCCGGAAAGGGUGCACUUUAUUUUUUGUUCGAUGAUUUUUUUUCUACUCUCUUGAGACUCAUAGUGAAUGCUAAGCAUACAAAGACAAAGUUGAAUACAUGGAUAUGCAAUUCUCCUAAUAAUAAUUUAAUGCUCAGCUUAUCAGUAUGAUGUAUACUAAACAACACAAUAAAAUAUUAAUACAAUGAAA